AUGGCGAUUCUGCAUGGCUGCCCCGGCGUCAAGGUGACCAUUGUGUCGAAUGGGCAGGCUCUCAACGAAUAUCCUGACGAGGAUAUGGCAUUCAACAAUAAAGACUACUCUGCCCCACUCUCUCGACGGGCCAUGGCAUAUAUUGAGUGUACCUCGGACACUGAGUUUGGAAUUAAGUGGGAGAUCACUCCCGAGUACAAGCCGGAGGUUCCUCACACGCACCUUCGAUUCCGCUCCUUCCUUGAUGGCAAGAGAAUUGGAGGUGACACCGUCAGAACAUCCCCGUCUAGCUCUUGGAGCGCUACGAUGUCUGAUACGUGUGAUCGUAUCAAUGAUCACGAGGUUGUUUUGCGCAAGUUGAUCUUCAAAACUAUCAAGAAGGUUGACGAUAUGGAUUCUGCAAGAGUCAAAGCCGACGCUAAGCUCGCAGAUGGACUUGGUGAAAUUCUGGUUGUUGUCCACCGCUGCAACAAAAUAGGCUCCGUACAAAACUCUCGUCGGCACAACCCUGCUCCGAGAACUCAAACAACGACUGAAAUUGCAGAGAAAGCUCUCAAGGGCCGAGCGAUUUCGCAUGGCGUUGGCUUUGGACCAGAUACGCGGGUUCAUAGACCCCAACACGCCUCAGCCGCAAAAGUGUCAUACGUCGAUGGCGUGCAACUCCCUCUAUGUAUUUUCAGAUUCAAGUAUCGCUCCCGAGAGGCUCUCCAACAAGAACUCAUAAUUCCUCGAUCCCCUUCGCCAGAUCUUGUUAUUGGCCCUCUCAAUCUAAGAAACGAGAAUAAUGCCAAUGCGUCUCUCUCAAAAGAGGAACGCUUGGCACAAUUGAAGCGAGAAAUUGAGGAGAUAAAGUCCGAAGUGAAGGAUGAGGAAGGAAGCCAAGCACCCCGAAAACGGGAACGAGAUGCUUCUGGCGAACAGGCCGGGGGACGGGCCAACAAGGCUAGUCGACAUAGUCGUGCCGAGCCCAUUGAGUGUAUUGACCUAACAGAGGACUGA